AUGUUGUUUGAAGCACAAGGGAACCUCAAACUCGCUUACUUCGGGUCGGCGGAGCGGUUCGGAGGGUGCGACGGCGGCCGAAUGUCGGCGGUGGUUGGGACGCCGUACUACGCAGUGCCGGAGGUGUUGAUGCGAUGGGAGUACAAUGAGAAGGUGGACGUCUGGAGCACGGGGGUGAUUCUGUACAUAAUGCUCGUCGGAGUUUUGUCGUUCCGCGGUGAUUCUACGACGGAGACGUUCGAGGCGGUUUUGAGGGCAAACUUGAGAUUUCCCGCUAAGAAUUUUCUAUCAUUUUCACCAAAAGCUAAGGAUCUAUUGAGAAACAUGAUCUGCAUAUGGGUCUUCUCAGAUUGA